GCCAUCAUGGCUUCGUUUCAGGAUGCAAAAUUCUGCCCGAUGCGAAGAAAGUUGCGUAUAUAAAAAGGGUAUGGUAUUCCCCGUGUAAGUCAAACCAUCACCACCAUCCAAGGCAUCACUCUUCAGCCUGCCAAACAAAGAACAUUCUUCCACCACACAUUACCUACUACUGCCCUUAUACUUGAUAAAUACGUCCCCUACAAUGGCUUCUGCCAACAUCAUUGCCCUCCUUGCCGGGUUGGCGAGCAUCGUGUCUGCUGGGCCCAUGACAGACCGCGCUGCCAACCUUGGUCCUCUCUCCCUCUUGGAGCAGAUCAAGGUCCCCGAAGGCUGGUCUUCUACCGGAAACACUCACCCUGACACCAUGCUCAGAAUGCAGAUUGGUCUCAAGCAGAGCAAUGUCAAGGGUCUGGAGCAGAAGCUGCUCGACAUCUCCAACCCCUCCAGCCCCAACUACGGCAAGUGGCUGACCAAGGAGCAAAUCGACGCCUACGUCAAGCCUGAUGACAAGAGCGUCAACGUGGUCAAGGACUGGUUGGCCUCGCACGGUAUCAAGGACGUCACGCACUCUGCUGUCGACUGGAUCGAGGUCAAGGUCCCCGUCAGCACUGCCGAGAAGCUCCUUAACACCAAGUACUCCACGUACAAGGACUCCAAGUCUGGCGUCGAGCUGCCCCGAGCCAUCGAGUACUCUCUGCCCGCGAGCUUGCACCAGCACAUCGACACCGUACAGCCCACCACCUCCUUCCUGCGCGACAUGGACCUCAAGUCUUCUGCUAACACCACCGCCCCCACCGCUACCGGCCAUGUCGCCCGCGCUACUUGCCAGCAGGGCAUCAUGACCCCCGGCUGUAUCCAGAGCUACUACAACGUCGACUACACCGGCCAGGGCCGCUCUCUGCUCGGCGUGUCCGCCUUCACCGGCUACGCGGCCUCGCACUCCGACGCCAGCGCCUACCUCAACUACUACGCGCCGUAUGCAGGCAACACUGACUUUGGCGAGAUCAGCCUCGGCGGUGGCAACAACAAUGCCAACAACCUUCUCGAGGGCAACCUCGACACUCAGAUUGCCCUUGCGCUCGGCUACCCGGCCCAGGUGAACCUGUACAUGGUUGGCGACAACAACAACUUUGGCGACCAGCUGCUCGACUUGACCAACUACCUCAACACCAACAGCAACCCGCCCACCUCCAUCUCCACCUCGUACGGUAUCGAGGAGCGCGACAUCUCCAACAAUUACAUGGGUCGUAUCUGCAACGAAUUCAUGAAGGCCGGUUCCCGUGGUAUCUCCGCCUUUGUCUCGUCCGGCGACUACGGCGUCGGCGGCAACAACUCGCCCAGCUGCCCCAACGGCUAUCUGACACUCUUCCCCGGAUCCUGCCCCUACAUUACGUCCGUCGGCGGCACGGGCUACCGCAACGGCAACGAGGUCGCCGCCGAGUUCCAAUUCAACACCGGCCCUGGUAAGAGCGGCGGUGGCUUCUCCUGGUACUUCAACACGCCUAGCUACCAGAGUUCCGAUACCAACUCGUACAUCAACAACCACCUGGACAGCAGCUGGAACGGAUACUACAACGCCCGCGGCCGUGGUUACCCCGACGUCUCACUCCUUGCUGAGAACUGGAACAUUGUCGUCAACGGCCAGGGCUCCUACGUCUCGGGUACCUCUGCCUCCUCCCCUGCCUGGGCCUCUCUGAUCUCUCAGAUCAACGACUACCGCAUCAGCCUUGGCAAGUCUACGCUCGGCUUCAUCAACCCCUUCCUGUACAGCAGUGCUGGCAAGGCUGCGCUCCGCGACGUCACCUCCGGCUACAACCCGGGUUGUGGCAUCAACGGUUUCCCAGCCACACAGGGCUGGGAUCCCGUCACUGGUCUCGGCAGUCUCGACUUUGCCAAGUUCCGCCAGGCUGCGGCCAGACUCUAAGGAAAUAGUGGCUGACUUUUUGCCUUUGUACCAGCGG